CUAUUGUUCGUUUGUCGUCGAUACGAAUAAAAUGGAAAAUCUGAAGACUUACUGGACUUCUGUUGAGGAGUUUUACAAGAAAAUCACUCCGAAGAAUGAAAAGCUUUCUGAUAUCGAGAAUAAAAUUAAGGUUCCCCUUCACUACAUAGUGAUGGCGGUUAGUGUGCUUUUGGUCGCUCUUGUUUAUCUGCUGAUGCGCAAAUUCUUUUUUGCAUACCUGGCUUUCUUUGUCGCAUUGGGCCUUACUAUGAAAGACCUCUCUGAGGAGAAAGCCAAGGAAAAGAAAUGGGCAGCCUACUGGCUCGUUUUUUCUGUUUUCCAGAUGCUCCCUUCUAUUCUGGACGGAAACAUGUAUUACUCGAUUAUUAAAUGUGCCAUUCUGAUCUAUUUUGCUGCGUUUGACGAGUGCACUGUAGUAGUCGAGGCGCUGACUAAGGCCAAUGAGUACCUCAUGAAGGGUUGGGAAUGGUACCUUGACUUUUGCAGAGGGAAUGUAAAGAUGGACUAAGGUCAUACAUUAU